GCCUGUAGUGUCCGGCGCGGGCUCCGCUAAAGACACGCAUGCAUAAUUCUCCGUCUCCUCCAUAGUAUUCCAGGAACGCGGCAUAUCAAGGAUAUCGCUGCUGCAGGCCGAGAUCGACCGCCACCUUCAUUGCCCCCUCCUCCUCAUGCGGACGUGCCAACCGAAUUAACAUCCCUUCCUUGCGCAAGGCUGGUGACACAAAUGCAGGAGCUGAAAAAGAGAAUAUGACCACUUUCAGAAGAUUGUCGGGUGGAUUAGAUGGGAGAUGAGUUACCUAUACUACGAAUACAACAACGGAUUAAAUGAGGUGUUUUUUGCAGAGGAAGAAACGAGGGACUCAGCUGCACAGCGAUCAUACCCUGGGGUGCUGAUGAAAAGAUCUGCUCCCACUGCGACACUUCAAAAGCUUACCGGUUGCAAGUACAACUCACGAGUCGAGCAAUCAGGCAAUUAUUUCCAACGACGCCAUGGGUCACUCCGUCGGCAUCGAGACACUGCUCCUCCUCCUCCUACUACUAGUCUCAUGCUUUGCCGGUCCGGUGCUUGGCCGGAAGGCCGGCGCCAUUGCCGAUCAGGAGCCCGAGAAUGCGGCGGCGGUGCCAGGGAAGUAUGCUGUGAUCUUUGACGCCGGCAGCACGGGAACACGCGUCCACGUCUUCAGGUUCGACAAGAAGAUGGAGCUCGUCGAGAUCGGGGAUGACAUCGAGGUCUUUGCCAAGACAGAACCAGGAUUGAGUUCAUAUGCCGGACGGCCUAAGGAGGCUGCCAACUCCAUGCUACCUCUUCUUGAGAAGGCCAACGGCAUUGUGCCUCAGUCGCUCAUGAAGAAAACACCCGUUAAACUUGGGGCGACGGCUGGACUCAGACUUAUUGGAGAUGAUAAAGCAGAGCAAAUUCUUGAAGCGGUCAGGGAUGUUGUCCACACCAAGAGCAAAUUUCAGUACAAUCCUAGUUGGGUGAAUGUUCUCGAGGGAUCUCAAGAGGGAACUUACUUAUGGGUUGCCGUUAAUUAUCUGUUGGAUAAUCUGGGAGGAGACUACACGAAGACGGUAGGUGUGAUUGACCUUGGAGGUGGGUCUGUUCAAAUGGCAUAUGCCAUUUCUCCAGAUGCUGCUGCCGCCGCUCCUGUAGUGCCUGGUGGGAAGGAUCCGUACGUUACGAAAGAGUAUCUCAAAGGAAGAGAUUACAACAUCUAUGCUCACAGCUACCUGCACUACGGUGCUCAGGCUUCUCGAGUAGAGAUCUUCAAGGAAAAGAAUGGACCAUUCAGCUAUUGUAUGAUGGCUGGAUUCAAUGGUAACUACACCUACAACGGUGAGCAGUUCGACGCCACAGCCUCACCGGAAGGAGCAGCAUACGACAAGUGCAGAGAGGAGGUCACCAAGGCACUGAACCUGAGCGCACCCUGUGCAACCAAGAACUGCACCUUCAACGGCGCGUGGAACGGCGGCAGCGGAGCCGGCCAGGACCAACUCUACGUCACCUCCAGCUUCUACUACAUGGCAGCAAACGUGGGCUUCAUCGACGACGAGGCUACCAGCGGAAAGACUACCCCUGCUGCGUUCAAGGCCGCCGCCGAGAAGAUAUGCCCAAUGAGCUUCGAGGAAGCGAAGGCCGCGUACCCAAAGUUCAGAGCCAGUGAUGCGCCCUACAUCUGCAUGGACCUCAUCUACCAGUACUCCUUGCUCGUGGAUGGAUUCGGUUUGGAGCCAACGAAGGAGAUCACAGUGGUGGAGAAGGUGAAGCACGGGGAGUACUUCAUGGAAGCCGCGUGGCCUCUCGGAGAAGCUAUAGAGGCCGUCUCGCCCAGAAAGCGGCGCCAAGACUCUGGACCUAUACACUAGUAGGCAAAAGCCUACCGCUCGCAUGUGGUUUUAGCCUACUAGCCGUGGGUACAUGCCCACGACUCGGAAUACGCAAGUGAUAUCUGCUACUAGUCGUAUGCCGCGACUGAUAGGUAAAGUGCUAGCCGUGUGUCGUCCC